AUGGCACGUGGCGAGGACCAGGCGGCCCUGGACACCCUCACGGACCCCAGAAUCUCCACCAGCAACCCGGCAGUAAACGCUCUUCAGGAUAUUCUCCAAGAGAGGUGUUCUGAGCACCAUAAACAACGGUGA